AUGGCAACUUUCCAAAGAUUAGAAUACGACGCAGCAAUCCAUUUUGAUAAGGAUGCAAGCACUGAAACCAAAGAUUAUCUGACCAUCUCAGAGGACCGCCUCAAGGAAUUGAAGUACCCGGAGUGGGCUCCAACCUGGGAGAAAAAGCACGAUCACCAGUUUGACCAUAUUCCCGUGUUCAAGCAUAUUGACAGAGGCUUUUACGGUGAUUCUGAGUUCAAGUCCCUUAAGGAUGCAGAUGGAGUUACUUUCAAGCAUGUUUCUCCAAAACUAGGCUUGGAAGUCGAUGGUAUUCAGUUGAGCGAUUUGUCGGAUAAGCAAAAGGAUGACUUGGCCCUAUUGGUUGAGACCUACGGUGUUGUUGCCUUCAGAAACCAAGAUUUCAAGAACCAAUCUUUUGAAGAGAUCAAGAACUGGGGUAGAUACUUUGGCCCACUCCAUAUCCACCCAACAUCGGGUGCUCCGCUUAACCAACCAGAAUUUCAUUUGACGUUCACCAAAGGUGGGGUUGACGAAUAUAAAAAGCUCUUCAAAAAUAAGUUGCAUAAUAUCGGCUGGCAUUCAGAUGUGACUUAUGAAAACCAACCACCUGGAAUUACUGCUUUCGCUAUGUUACAAUCUGGUCCUUCUGGAGGUGACACUCAAUUCUUGGAUAUGUUUGAAAUAUACGAUAGAUUAUCGCCAUUAAUGAAGUCCAAACUAGAUGGGCUAAAAACUUUGCAUACAUCAAAAGACCAGGCGAUUAAUGCAACCAAUUCUGGUGGAAUUGAAAGAAAAAACCCUAUUGACUCCAUCCAUCCUUUAGUUAGGUAUCAUCCAGUCUUGAAAAGGAAAUGUUUGUUUGUUAAUAGAGGGUUUUCGAGAAAAAUUCUAGGACUAAAGACAGAAGAAAGUGAUGCUUUGCUUUCCUUCUUGCUUAACCAUAUCGAAGCAUGUUUGGAUGCACAUAUUAGGUUGUCAUGGGAUGAAAAUACAGUUGUUGUUUGGGAUAACAGGAGAUUACUACACACCGCUACUGUUGAUUGGGACAGUGAUGAGAUUAGACACGCCUUUAGAGUUACCACUGUUGCUGAAAGACCCGUUGGUAGCGAGGAAGAAUACGAAAGCUGGACUCCGGAACUAGAGGAAAAAAACAUCAAGCUCACAAAUUAUAUUGCAAGUCUGGAUCCAGAAGAGUACUACGAGAAAUUCAAAUAA